AUGGGCGAGCGGGACGGCGGCGGGGCCGCGGCGCUGCGGCUGGAGGCGGCGGUGCAGCUUUGCUCUGUCCCCCCGGUUCCCUCCUCGUGCCCGGGACAGCAGCCGCAGCAGAGAUUCGGCUGCGACAUACCGGCACGUCCAGACCCCCAGCGCGUGGCUGGAAAACUCGGGGUGGCGGUGCAGGCACCCCGCGGCGGCGCGAGGGCCGGGGCUCCCGCCAGCCGGGCUCUGCUCUUCCAGAAGCUGGAGGACACGGUGCUGAGUCCCGCGGCCAGCAAGGACGACAGGGUGCUGCUGGUGCGGGGAGAGGGAGGCCGCGCUGCCCCCACGCCCGUCCCUGCGAGGAUUCGCCAGAUCCUCACGGAGAGCCUGGCCGAGGAGGCUGCGCCGGUGAUGGGGGAAACCCCUUCUGCAGCCACCAUGCAAGAGGAGAACCAGCUGCUGCAGAAGGAGCUGUCGCGCCUGGAGGACCUGCUGGCGCACACCCGUGCGGAGAGGGACGAGAUGGCCGGCAAGCACCAGGCCAUCAGCGAGCGGCUGGAGAAGGCGUUGCGAGCAGAGGCGGCCCAGCGCGAGGGACAAGGCGGCCUGGCCCUGCAGGAGCUGAGGCAACGCUUCGAGGGCGACAAGAAGGCCUACAAACGCAAGCUCCAGGCUUACCAGGAUGGCCAGCAGCGCCAGGCGCAGCUCGUCCAGCGGCUCCAGAGCAAGGUUUUGCAGUACAAGAGGAGAUGUGGGGAGCUGGAGCAGCAGCUUCUAGAGAAAGCCUCAGAGUCGGAGCCUCAGCAAGAGCUGCUGGAGUCCAGGGAGCCCGGGGUGCUUCCGGAGCGGGACCAAGGCCACAGCUCCAGCCUGGAGAACACCCUCAUGCAUCUGGAGGAUGAGAAACAGAGGAGCGCUGGUUUGUCACAGAUGAACUCUAUCCUGCGGGAGCAGCUGGAACAAAUAAAAUCCUCCAACCAGCGCCUGGCAGGGGAGCUGGAGAAGGCCACAGUGGACAUCCACCGCUUGAGAGGCGAGCUGGAGCAGUACCACAGCAGAGAGAGCUCUGGCACCUCUCGGAGGAGCGAGCGUGGUGAGACCCUCCUGCUCUGGCACCAGGCAGCCGCGCUGCGUGGGCGCUUCAUGGACCUCCGGGCCGUCGCGGAGAGAGGCCUGGCUGAGGCAAGGAUGGACAUGGCCAGGACGGCACGGCGCCUCCACACAGCCUGCCUUAACCUGGACUCCAACCUCCGCUUGUCCCAGAGCCACACCGCCUGCUCCCUGGAGAAGCAGACCCUGCACGGGGCACGCUUGGAGCAGCAGCUCCGGGACAAGGUCCGGGAGAUGAUACAGCUCCAGAGCCACUGGGAUGGAGAGAAAGUGGAGCUGAACUCCAGGAUAACAGAGCUGAGCCUGCUAGCGGAGCGCCUGAAAGAGCAAAACAUGGAGAAGGAUGAGUCCAUCGCCGGCCUCAAACUGGACAUGCAGAAGCUGAAAGCUGCUACCAUAAGGGAGGCAAAGGGAGGCGAGAGCGAACCACUGCUGUGGGCACCAAGUGGCUCUGCUCAGGCGCAGGACGGCAGGGACAGGGCGGCCGAGGAGGGCCCCAGCAGACCGCUGUCCCCUCUGCGCUCCGGCUCCCCGCAGCAGUGGCAGGGCUCACCAGCACGGGAGCACAAGGCAGCCCUGCAGGCAGCACUCCAGCAGCAGCAGCAGCUCGAGCAGGAGCUGCGCUCGCAGCUGGAGUCAGCCCAGGACGCGCUGCGGGCAGCGAGGAAGCAGGCAUGCGAGUGCCGGCAGGAAGUGCAGGAGGCAGAGCAGCGGGCGCAGGAGCAGCGGCGAGGCCGGGAGGAGCUGGCGGAGGCCCUAGAGGGGUGCAAGCGGGACCUGCAGCGCUGCAAGGCCUCUGCAGAGAUGCUCAGCCAGGAGAAGCAGGCCAUGGAGGCGAGGGUGGGCAGCCUGAAUGAGGAGGUGGACUCCUGCCGCCGGGACGUGGCCAGGCUGACGGCUGCCAACAUGGAACUGCACAGACACGGAGCCCUCCUGGAGGAGCAGAAGGAGGAGCUGGCCAGCGAGUGGGAGAGGAGCCGGAAAGAGCUGGAGCGAGGGCAGCAGUCCCUGGACCAGCUGGAGGAGAAGGCCUCAGCCCUGAAGAAGGAGCUGCUGGGGGUGAAGGAGUCGCUGAGCCAGGCCACGCUGGCCAGGGAGGUGCUGGAGGGCGAGAAGGACAGCCUGAGUGGCGCGCUGAGGAAGGCUGAGGCCACCUGUGCCAAGCUGGAGCUGGCCCUGAACAAGAUGCAGCUGGAGGAAGCGGAGCUGAGAGACUCGCUGGCCAAAAUGGCUGCCCUGAAUGAGGGCCUUGCACAAGACAAGGUCAGCCUGAAUGGCACCGUCCUGCAGCUGGAGGAGGAGAAGAGCUUGCUGAUGGAGCAGCAGCGGGAGCUGGAGCAGGAGCGUGCCAGCCUGUGGGAGCAGCUGGCACAGCUGGAGCGGGAGCAGGCCCGGGCGAGCACGGCCCACCGGGGCCUCGAGCAGAGCUGGCAGGCAGCGGAGGAGCGCUGGGGGCGGCUGGAAGGAGAGCUGCUGGCCACGCACCAGCACAACGCCCAGCUGCAAGAGCAGCUGCUGCAGGCGAGCAGCCAGGAGCAAGCGCUGGUGCAGCAGCUAGCGCAGAGCCACCAGGAGACGGAAAUGCAGGCUACAGCUCUGCUCCAGGCCCUGCAGGAGAAGGAGGACCUGGCCAAGGAGAUGUCCAGGCUGGCAGUACAGCUCACGGCGCUGGAGAGGCAGGAGAAGGGCCUGCGGGAGGAGACGGAGGCGCUACGGGCUGAGAGGGACUCCCUGGAAAGCAGCCUGUUCAAGGCGCAGGAGCUGGCGGCCUGGCUGGAGGUCCAGAAGGAGCAGCUGGAAGCAGAGAAGCAGAGCAGCGAGCGCUGCAGGCAGACCCUGCGAGCCGAGGUGGAGGAGGCCCGGGGCGAGCUGGUGCGGCAGGAGUGCUCGCUGAGGGCAGAAGCCGAGGUGCUGAAGCAGAAGGCCCUGCAGGCUGAGCAGGAGGGGCAGGCAGCCCUCAGGGACCAGGCGCUGGCCCACGAGGCAGAGCUGGAACGCCUGCGGCAGGAGAAGGGGAGCCUGAGCCAGGCCCUGACGGAAGCCAAGGCAGAGGCCGUUCGCCGCUUGCAGCAGGAGAAAGAAGAGCUGGUGUCCGAGUACAAGGCGGAGAAGGAGGAGCUGAGGGAGGCGAUGUUGAGCCUGCAGCAGGAGCGGGACGAGAGCCUCCUUCUGCUGGAGAAGGACAAGCAGCAGGCUCUGUCCCAGAAGGAAGCAGAGAAGAGCUUCGUGUUGGAGAAGCUGGGCGAAGCCCAGAGGGAGCUUGCGAAUGCCAGGACGGAGCUGGAUCAGGUGAAGCGGGAGGCUCUCACCCGCCAGGAGCAGGAUAAGGACAUGGUGGCCAGCAUCACCCGGGAGCUGAGGACCCUGCAAGCUCAGUUUGAAGACGCCGUGGCCGCCCACCAGCGAGAGGCCAAGGGCCUGAAUGAGCGCGUGAAGGAGCUGGCGAAGGAGAAGGCGGCCGGGGCACAAGAGGUUGAGCAGCUGAAGGCGCAGCUGCGCCUGGCCGAGGACGCCCACACCGGGGCCCGCAAGGAGCUGGCCAACAUGCACCGCCGGCUGCGGGAAGGGGAAGAGGCCCGGGAGCGCCAGCGCAAGGAGAUGUCGGAUGUCCGCCGGGCUGCCGAGGAUGAGAGCCGGCAGAAGGAAGCACUGCAGAAAUCCAACACGGAGCUGCGAGCCGCCGUCGUGAGAGCUGAGAGCGAACGGAUCAGCCUCCAGAGAGCCAAGGAGGAGAAGGAGCAGAAGGUGGCUGUGCUGGAGGAGGCCCGGGCUGCUACUCAGCGAGAGGCAGGCGAGCUUCGGGCCAGCCUGCGGGAGGUGGAGAAGUCACGGCUGGAAGCGCGCCGGGAGCUGCAGGACCUGUGCAGGCAGGUGAAGGCUCUGGAGAGCGAGAACAGCAAGAAGGGCAAAGAGGCCGCUGAGCUGCAGGCCCGGAUCCUGCAGGAAGAGCAGCACCGGCAGCAGAGCUGCCGGGAGGGCCAGGAGCUGAAGCAGAGGGUGGCAGAGCUGGAGAGCAGCCAGGACGGCGCACGCAAAGAGGUGCUGGGCCUGCAGAGGCGGCUAGCAGAGGCGGAGAGAGGCGCCAAGGCCCGAGAAAAAGAUCUGCAGGGCAGCCUCAGCGAAAGCCGCAGCCGCGAGAAGAUGCUCCAGGAUGAGCUCCACAGCCUGGAGCUGAAGCUGCAGCAGGCCAACGGGACCAGCGACGGCCUCCAGCUGCAGCUCAGCAUGGCCGAGGGACGCCUGCGCGGCUUGGAAGCGGAGCUGGAGAGGGCCGAGGCCUCCAGGAGGGCAGCCGAGUCGAAGCUGGGAGCGCUGCGCUUGGCCCUGCGCCGGACCCUGGGGCUGGGCCGGAGGAGCCCUUCUCCACACCGGGCUGGCUCCCCCACGAAAGGCCCGGAGAGCUCUGCACCCACCCCGGGGCCAUCUCCUCCCUUUGGCUCGCCAACGGCAGGUGACAUCGACCCCGAUCAUGUCCAGGCAGCCUUGAGGAACUUCCUGCAGGAGCUGCGGGACACCCAGCGGGAGAGGGAUGAUCUGAGGAUUCAGGUGAUGAACCUGAGCCGGCAGCUGAGCGAGAGAGAGCAGGCCCAGGAGCAGAACCAUGUGCGCAUCUUGCAGCUGCAGAAGUCGCUGGCUGACUCCGAGGAAGGCAAGCGUGGUGCGGCCGGGCGCCUGAGCAGCGUGCAGCUGGCCCUGCGCCUGCAGGACGAGGCCAUCCGGAGAGGCGAGAGGGAAAGCCAGAGCUUUGUGGAGCGUGUGGCUGCGCUGGAGCACAGCUUGCAGGCCUGCCGGGACAAGAACCACGAGCUGGAGGACGAGGUGAGCAAGCUGCAGGCCAAGGAGGCCGCGCUGGAGAGUGACAAGCAGAGGCUGGAGGAAGUCCUGGAGGCCGCGGAGAGCCGGGCUGGCAGGCUGGAGCUGAGCCAGCGCUCGGCCGCCGGAGAGCUGCAGCGUGCCCGGCUGGGCCUGGCCGACCGCGACGCCGAGGUCCAGGCGCUGCAGGAGCAGGCGGCACUCCUCCGCCGGCAGCUGGCCCACAGCGAGGCCCGAGCAGGCGCCCUGCAGCAGGAGCUGGGCCGCCUGGGCUUCUCGCUGGCCCACACCAAGGGCGUCGAGAGCCACCUCAAGGAGAAGGUGCAGAGCCUGGUGCAGGCACCGAGCGAGGCUGCUGCAGGGUCUUCCGCCAUGCAAGACAGCAUCUCGCAGCUGCAGAAGGCACUGACGGCUGCCGAGCGGGACCGCCGGGCGCUGCAGGAGCGGCUGGACUCCACGCGGCAGGCGCUGGCGGACUGCAAGAGGCAGAACCACGGCCUGACGGGCACCGUGCACGCGCUGCAGGGCCGGCUGGCCGAGCUGGAGCCACGCUGCAGGCACCUGGCAGCCCAGCUGGAGCGUCUGCAGGAGGUGAGGAGGGACUGAUGGGGCACCCCGCGUAAGCUCCCUCCCUCCAGGGGAAAUAUCCAGAGGCUGGUGGGAAUCGGCUGCCAAAGGAGUUGCCUUGUUUUCACUGCUGCAAAGCGGAGACAAUAAA